UCACCUCAGUGAUACCAUGAUUACAAGGAAACACUUGCUGUCUGCAGCACGGCUCAUUUUGCCCACCAUUGGCCUGAGCCUCAUCUUUGCAGGCGCUUACAUGAAGUCCAUCCAAAGUGAACAAAUCCAAAUUCUCAUAGACAUUUCCUCUUACUUCUUUAUCAUACUGGGCUUCAUAAUGCUCGCCAUCGGAGUGGUGUGGUCUGUCGGUCACGGAAUGAAGAACGUGCUGCUGAAACGGUCAAUGCGGAGGUCUAGAGACGCUGAUGUCCAGAUUUUUACUGUGGACAGGGCUGACAUCUAUCCACCAUCGUAUGAGGAAUCUCAGGUCAGAAAUAAUGCUGUUGAGCUUGUCCCCACCAUCAUCUCCAUUCCUACAGGCACGGGAUGGGAUGGACCGGCUCCUCCGGUUUACACGCUGACCUGCAACGAGACCUUAGUUGAGGACUUCAGCCAUGAGGAACCACCUACGUAUCAACAAGCAGUUCUUCAGAGCCAGGCUGAAUCCCAAGCUUGCCAUCUACCCGCAAACGCAACUGUCGAGCCUCUGAACAGCUGCUGAUGGACGGAUCCUAGAGUGAGAUGUUCACUGAAAAAAUGCUUAGUGUUUGUCAAGGCUCUGUAAGGACCUGGAGUUUUUGAGGCUGUUAAUUGCCCCUGACUUUAGUAUCACUGGGAGUAAUUAUACUGUAAGCCUUGCUCUAAACUUGGAUCAGGACUAAAGAGCAAAUCUGAAAUGCUUCGAUGGAAUCCCAAGAGACAGAACCCGAGAGAAAAUACUGAAGACGAUGUAGACAUUGUGAUGAUCACAAUCACUUGGAAAUAAGACGUGAUCAUAGUAACAAGGAAACACAAACAUGACAAAAAGUCUCAUCUGAUUUAGUCUUAGUAUCCUGUGUUGAUGUAAUUUCCAAAAGAGCACAAAAUAGACAGAACUGGUCAAAAGAUACGAAUGAAAGCAUUAAGGU